AUGGUGUACGUGUGGUGUCAGCGGCUAUACAUAGCGAGUCAACGGCAGAUCCGACACCUGGACACCGGCACCCGUACGCGCAUUAUAAGCCACUUCGCGGAGACAUAUAACGGAACUGCAGUUAUCCGUGCCUUCGGAGCCGACCGGGACUUUGUCCGGGAAUCGCACCGACGUCUGGACGCACACAAUAGGUGUCAAUACCCGUUACUGGUGUCCGAGCGUUGGCUCGCCGUACGGCUCGAGUUCUUGGGCUAUAGUAUAGUGUUAUUGUCGGCGGUGUUUGCCGUAGUGUUCAGGCAUACAGUGGGCGCCGGUAUGGCCGCUCUGGCCAUCACUUAUGCCGUGAACAUCACUCUUAUUAUGGGACGGUUUGUGAUGGGAGUGAUCGAUACUGAGACCGAUAUUAUGGCUUUCGAGAGGUGUCUGGCGUUUACGCAAAUACCAAUUGAGGCCGAGUGGUAUAAUGAGAGGACUAAACCCACGGACAACUGGCCGACAAUGGGUUGCAUUUCAUUCACAGACUAUUGCACUAAAUAUAGAUUUGGUUUGGAUUUAGUGCUCAAAGAUAUAGCAAUUGAUAUAAAAGGCCGACAAAGGGUUGCGAUCGUCGGCCGCACCGGCGCUGGAAAGUCGUCCCUCGCGUUGGCUCUCUUCAGACUCAUUGAGCCGACGGCCGGAACCGUUACCAUCGAUGGCGUCGACUGCUCUACCAUU